AUGGGUAGCUUGAAUUCCAAGAAUAAACACGCGUCGUCGUUGACUAGUUGUGAUACAAAUGCAAGGAGAUCACUUGGUGUUCGUGCACAAAUCACGUCCAAGGAUAAAGCCACGCUUGAUCUGAAGAACGCACGAGAUCGACUCAAGAAAUAUCAGACGCGAUUGGACAUUGAAGCGAAUCAAUUGCACGAGAGUGCGAAAAAGCUGUUACAAGCUGGUAAAAGGGACCGUGCAAAACUUGCGUUAAAGCUAAAGAAAUACAAGGAACAGCAAAUGCAUCAAGCUGAUAACCAUUUGAUACAAGUUUUAGGAAUGUUGGAUACGAUGGAAUGGGAGACACAACAGUUGCAGGUUUUUGAAGGAUUAAAAGCUGGCAAUUCGAUCUUGAACGCCAUUCACAAAGAAAUGACGGUAGAAGCAGUGGAAGAGUUAAUGCUAGAGACGGAAGAAGCACAGGCGAUGGCAAAUGAAAUUAGCCGGAUUAUAGGUGGUAAUUUGACUGUUGAAGACGAAGACGCUGUACUAAGUGAACUUGCUGAGAUUGAAAAGCUGGAAGCAGAUGCACUUGCAGUAGCACUACCCGAGGUUCCUGCGACAAUGCUUGAAAUUGCAAACAUUGGAAUGGACGUUUCGGUAAUACCAACAGUUGAAGAAGGUCAGACUGCAAAACCUCGUGCUAUUAUAUACAAGAAGGACGCUAUUGCAAUUUUAGGGUAA